UUUAAGGUUAGGUCAGAGCGGUUACGUCAGAAUGAACCAAAAAAACAUUUUUUAAUGUAAGUUAGGCAGUUUUUAGGAUUCAUUCCAUUUUUUUUUUGAGUUAUUACACAGUAUUACGUAACAUGUUCAUAAAUGAAAAGAUUGUGAUUCUCUACGGUUCACAAUCGGGCAAUGCCCAAGAUUUGGCUGAACGAAUUUGGCGAGAAUCGAAACGUUUCCACUUCAAAAGUACUGUAAAAUCUAUGGACGAUUACAAUGUUUUAGAACUAGUCAGUGAGCAGUGUGUGAUUUUUGUAUGUUCAACCACUGGUCAAGGCGAAGAGCCCGACAACAUGAAGCAGUUUUGGAGGUUUCUGUUGCGGAGGAGUCUACCAACCGACUCUCUAGUCAAUUUAAAAUACGCUGUAUUCGGAUUGGGGGAUUCUAGUUAUACAAAGUUUAAUUUCGCCGCAAAACGGUUACAUAAGAGGUUGUUACAAUUGGGAGGUCAGUCUUUGGUGUCUUUGGGUUUGGGCGAUGACCAACACGAUUUGGGGUAUGACGCGGCCGCUGAUCCUUGGAUAGAGUCCUUGUGGGCGAAAUUACUCCUCAUUUACCCCCUACCUACAGGUGUUCAACCUUUGCCAAAAAACCUCCCAAUUGUGCCCCGUUGGAGUGUCCAAAGUUCAAGUUUGAGUCAAAACCUCGCAAAUAAACCCCAAUCAAUUUACCACCCCAUUCGCCAACCUGACGAUUUCACAGUCACUGUUAUAGAAAACGAGAGGACCACCCAUCCUGACCACUUCCAAGAUGUCCGACUUAUUAAACUACAAACCGACGGCCAGGAGUAUUCCCCCGGUGAUGUCGUCCUUUUACGCCCCAAAAACCUGCCUUGGCAAGUCGAAACGUUCCAAAAUUUGCUCAAAUCCCACAAUUUACACUUCGAUUUGACCUUAAAAGUCACCCAAAACGACCCCGACAUUCCCGUCCCCGGUGUUUUAAACCAACAAUUGACGUUUCAACAACUAUGUGAGGAAUAUUUCGACCUAAUGUCAAUCCCAAGAAGGCACAUUUUCAAUAUUUUGGCCCAGAUCACAGACAGUGAGUUGGAGAAAGAGAAAUGUCAGGAAUUCACAACAGCUGAAGGCCAGGACGACCUCUACACCUACUGUAAUCGUCCUAAAAGGAACAUCGUUGAAGUCCUACAGGACUUCCCCCACGCCACCAAAAACCUCACCAAGGAACUCCUCUUCGAGAUUUUACCACCAAUCAAACCGCGUGAAUUCUCAAUUGCGAGUAGCAGUAAAAUGCACCGAAACCAAAUCCACAUUCUCCUUGCUGUCGUGAAAUACAAAACCAAGUUGGUGAAGGAGAGGUUCGGCUUGUGCUCGAAUUAUUUAGCCGAGUUACAACCGGGGGAUCAAGUGGGCGCGAGGCUCAAGAAAGGGAGUUUCCGUUUUCCGGCGUCAGACGUUCCCGUGAUCAUGGUUGGCCCCGGCACCGGUGUCGCCCCCUUCCGGAACUUCAUUUACGACCAAGUUAGCGAAGGUGUGGCUUCCAAGCGCAAUCUGCUGUUGUUUUUCGGGUGUCGCAACUCGAAUUACGAUUUUCAUUGCAAGGAGGACUUUCUCAGUUUGCAAAGAAUGGGGCUAUUAAAUCUCGUUCCGGCCUAUUCCAGGGAGCAGGAGCAUAAAGUUUAUGUUCAGCACAAAAUUUUAGAAAAUUCGGAUUUAGUGUGGGACUUUUUGCAACGCAAUGGUCAGAUUUUCAUAGCCGGAAAUGCGAAAUUGAUGCCACAGGAAGUAAGACAAGCGUUUGUUUCAGUGUGUGAGGAGAGAAUGAGCAAAGAACAAGCCGAGAGGUUUAUUGAAAUGAUGGAGAAACAAGGUAGGUACCAGACGGAGUGCUGGUCGUGAUAUUUUAGUUCAAUUUUAUUGUGUUUAAAAUUGUUUAAUAAAUGUUUUGUUACUGUU